AUGGUUACUGUCAACAACAUCGCAACAAGUCAAUCUAUUUGCAUAGGGUGCAUAUACCCCUUCCUUCCGUUGCACAUUCUCUCAGUGGGCUUGGACCAUGGAGAGGCGCGCCUGAUAUCGGCCGUUGCGCCCUGCGUCGCGUUACUAGGCCCGGCAAUACUUGGACCUUUGAUUGACAAAUUAUCAGUCGGUCGAGGAUCUACAGGCGGAGGUAUUGGUCCCAGCGGUUCCGGAAAAUUGCUACGUGUGGUCACCGCGUUGUGCCUUAUUCUGAGUGCGUUGUUCUACACUCUGCUACUAGCCGUGCCUUAUACCGAACGACAUGAGGCUCGACGGCCGCAAGUACUGUUCAUGUGUGACGCGGAUGGCGCCUAUGUUAUGCAAGAAGUUUGUACCGAAGGCAUGCGAUGUAAUAAGUGGGAGGGCGAAAAGUCUGGCGUGCUGGCGGUAAGCGCGUGUGAAUAUGGCUGCGCGGAUGACAACAUGACGUGGGUGAGGCGCCCCUUCACCACAACUACCACUACCACUACGCUAAGCCCCAUGUACAACAGUGUUGCGAAUGCCACCCCCCCGCUGCCGCUGGUGACGGACGAGGACAACGACGAGGAGUUCGACAUCAGGCCGCCGCACCUGUGCUACGGCGGCCGGUGCCUGGUGUACAUGCAGCACGCGGCGCGCAUGCGCGUCCCGCUGGCGCUGGUGGCGCCGCGCGGCAACGACACCGACGACUGGUGCACUUACAAAACCGGUGGUCCCUCCAAGUGCCCAGUUCCCCCUGAGCGCCUGGCUGAGUUGAAAACAGAAGACGAGGAUUGUCGUCCAGCGGUGAGAUGCCAGGUCUUAGACCCUUACGAUGAGCCAGAUGGAGUACUGGUUGAUGCUGAGUGCAGGCUCGUGAUCGGAGACCCUGCUUAUACCUUCUGGAGCUACUUCGUGACCAGGAUAUUAGCGGAUAUCUGGCCAACCGCAGCUCUGGCACUACUCGGAGCCGCGUGUGUCAUAGCUACUAGAGAGACGUCACUGGGUCGAGGGGACGUUGGCAGACAACUGGCAUUCGGUACCAUCGGCCUGGCAAUCUUUCCCCCCCUGGCUGGCCUGGCUGCCACGCAGAUGCCAGACAACCCCUACUUGGUGCCAUUCCUGUUACACGCAGUCUUCAUGUUGAUCGGAGCGCUCAUAUUACUGCUGGACACGCAUAUGCCGCUGUCGACGCCGGAGUGGUGGUGGCACACGUCGACGGGCGUGCUGGCGCUGCCCAUGAGCGCGGUGCGGCGCUACGGCGCGGAGACGGCCGCCGUGUUCGCCGUCGCGGCGCUGCUGGGCGCGCUGUGGGCCGGCGUCGACGUCUACCUGCCCUGGACGCUGGUAGCGUUGAACGGCACGGCGCUGGAGGCGGGGCUGGCGCGCACGGCGGGCGCGCUGCCGGCCGUGCCCGCGCUGUGGUGGGCCGAGGCGCUCGUGGACUACGUGGGCCACUCCAACGUCUUCAUCUCCGCCUUCACUUUCUACUGCCUGCGAUACACCGGUUUAGCUUACAGCGAAUCAUACUCAUGGGUGAUAGUGUGCGAGCUACUGGAAGUGUUCACUUUGAGUUUGGUGUGGGUGACGGCCAUGCUGUACUUCAGACAUCUCGUACCUAAGAAGUUCACGACGACUGGACAAGCUCUACCAGUGAUUGCACAUUUCUGUAUCGGCCGCUGCCUCGGCGCCAUAAUAAGCGGGUUCGUGUCGCUGGAGCAGCCGCUGCAGUCGCUGCGCGCCGUGUACCGCGGCCUGGGCGUGGCGGCGCUGCUGGCGGCCGCCGCGUACCUCGCGCUCUACCACCUGCUGCUGGCGCCGCGCUGCGCCGCGCCCGCCGCGCCGCCGCCGCGCCAGCUGCUGCGAGGGCUGAAUGCAAAUGGAGGUUCCAAUGGCAACUACUCACCGAUGCGAGUCUAUCACGAGGAGCGCUCGCGGAAGGGACAAUUCCGUUAUUAAGUCAUUUUAAAUAAAUUAUUGUUGAUUUUUUUAAUAUUGUCUCUGUGUUAUGUAAGUUUUCCGACAAGUGCAUAUUUGUGAUAUAACUAUUUCUUUACUAAUGAGCCUGAUUUGAUCAGUUUUAUAUUUAAGCUUAAAUAUUUUAACGCCUAUCUGCAUUUUAAAUAAAAUUAAGAAUAAUUUUUAAUAAA